AUGUCCGAAGCUCCAAAGAAGAAGAAAGGCAAAGUUAGCAAAGAGGAGAAGGAAAAGUUAAAGAGAGAGGAGGAAGAGCGGCGGCAGAAGGAGGAAGAGGAGGCUCGUCUCCUGGCAGAGCAGGAGGAGUUGAGGAGGCUGGAGAAGGAGCAGAGGGAAGAGGAGGAGAGGCUGAGGCUUGAGCAGAAGGACAGUGAGCGCAGGGGGGACGAGCUCAACGAAGUGCGACUCCUGCUGGAGGAAAGGCAAAGUGUGGUAACUAAAUGGGAAGCGGAUCUCCGAGCGAAGGCAAAGUGGGAUCACUACAUGCAUUGUGAUGGGAGGCCAGACCCAUCAGUACAACAAGAGAUCAACAGCUAUAUCAGCCUAUGGAUAGAAGACCCGAAGGUCAAGAUUGGCCCGGUUCUGGAGGACUGUACCUUAGCCUUGCAGCUCAUAGAGCAGCUGGAGGACCUGUUCAGUGAUAGAAGACUGUCUAGAUUGAUUGAGGAGAGUGAGGAGGAGGUGCAGAAGAACCAGGAGACUCUCUAUUGUAUGCAAAGGCUCAUCCAGGUGAAACAAGACCUGGCCACAGAGGAGAUUCUCAAGCAUUCCAGCUCUAACAUGGAUAUAGAGACUGGAAACAUGCAGACAGUUUUUCAGGAUGCAAACACCACCCUGUGUCUCUGGGCUAACCUCAACAAGAACCCAAGAUUUAAAGGUUACUAUUUCCAGGAGGUGGGUUUCGGGUUUGAGCUGCCCAAGCAGUUGGCCACAUGUGAUGUGGCAGUGCGGAUUCUUCACACCCGAUAUGACCACCUGUCUCCCCUGAGUCUCAGGGCUCAGGCCACCAGACAGGGAUCCACAGUUGCAUUCACAGAACCUCACCCACCCGUACCCACCCCACAAGAGUUAGAGGAUGGAGAGGUGGAGAAAGAGGGACAUGCUGGGGAGACCACAGAGAAUGCCGAGGAAGACACGCAUUCAGCCAGAUUAGAGGCCGUGAAGAGCGUCGUCAGCAUGGAGUCAGACGAGGAGAAGAACAUCGAACAGAAACAGGAAUUGCUGAAGGAAGACACUAGGAUGGAUAGCGUGGAGGAAGAAACUGCUGCAGUUGUGUCUGUAGGUGAGCAAGACAUUACUGAAUCCAAGGAGCCUGUGAUAGACACCGUGGAUGCUGAUGUUGUUGAACUGGACCAGUUCACACCACUGGGAGGGGUCUUCCAUUUCCAUCUAUUCCAACUGCCACCCCAGUCUAAGGUGAUCGGUAGCUGGGAAUUGAGAGAGUUGUUGGACAGUGGACUCAAAGUCUUUCCCUACCCUGUGACACAAUCACAACUUCACAGUUCGUUUGAGAAGAUCGAUGAAGAAACUGCUUCAACUUCCCAGCCAGUUGGGGUCACUGUCACAAUCCCAAACUAUGUAACGUUCCUGGAGGACCCUCAGGUGGCUCGUUGGGAUACGGCAGAUUCUCAGUGGAGAAAAGACUUAAUUAGUGACAUCAUAUAUGACAAGUCCUCAGAAAGGAUUUCCUUCCAGAUGGAUUCCUUCUACAGCUUCACACUUAUUCAGGAGACCUACAUCAACAUGCCCUUCCAGUCUUGGGAACUGCAGCCGUUGGGUCUGAAUGAAGCACUGCUGACAGUUAUUGGCGCAGUAACUGAAGUCAGCAUCAGAGUCAAAGACCACCAGUGUAUGUUGGUCUCCAUCCAAGGUAGCGAACUCCCCCAUGUGACGGGGAAGUGGAUGCACCCCUCUGCACUGCAGAAAGCCAUGAGUAGCUCAGGGGUAAACAUAUUUGUGAAGCAGCACUCGGAAAAGUACGUCAGCAUCAGCGCGAAGGACCCUUCAGUGGAACAAAUGGCAUAUGAACAGAUGGCCCUGACCUCUUCUGCUGUUGCCUUCUCAUGGAGUCGCUGGAACUCAAACUGCGGGGAGGAUCAUGUGGUGGUGCAGGCAUGUGAGCACCUGGAUGAGGGGCCUGUGCCAGAACAAGCAUGGUCUCUCUUUUUGGUUGGAGCUCAGAGAAGUAAACGUCUGCAAAUGAAGGAGCAGAGUGAGCACUUCUCCACAAACCUGCUCAAGGGCAGCGAAUUCCACUCCACAUUCUUGCACAUGCUCCGCGAUGGUAUGAGUGAGGGGGCGUGCGUUCGGCUCGAAGACUCGAGCCACUUUUUUGUUGACUGUGUGCUAAGUCUCCUGCAGGCCACACGGGUGCUUACCCACUCCUGAGCACUGUGCAC